AUGGAGCACCAAGGGGACAGAACUACAAGCGCGAUUGUCAACUUUGCUCCCGAUGGCGACAUAAUUUUAGUUGUUGGGCCAGAGAUGAAGAGAUUUCGCGUUCAUUCAUUAUUUCUCAAGGUAGCUUCCAAGCCUUUCUACGCCAUGUUCAAAUGGGAAUGGCAGGAAGGCCAAGAUUUGCUCCAUCGGGAUGGUCCCAAAGAGAUAGAACUUCCUGCAGAUAAUGCAGCUGCUUUGGAAACCAUACUUGCCAUUAUUCAUCACCAACAUAAUGAGAUUGCUAGAGGUAUUACUGCGAGUCAAGUUUUGGAGGUUGCUAUUGUAGCGGAAAAAUACGAUUUUCUCGGUGCCAUGAAAUUUGCCAGCGAGUUUUUGCUCCGGAUUGGUGCCAAAGAUCCGAGUGAUCAAAUGCGUCUUGUUGCGGCGGCGUAUCUUUUUCGAGAUACACGAGCGUUCAAGGAAAUUACAAAAGCUUUGGUACUCAACUAUCACGGUUCUUACCUCGAUCUUGCGUGCGAUGAAGUUGAAUCUGCAAUGAGCUGGAGGGUAUUUUGUCUACUCGAAGCACAGAGGAGCUACGCAAGGUCAGAAUUUGUCAAGCGCUCUUAG